AUGUACAUGGAAGUGAGCGGGUUUGAAAAGGAGACUUAUCGGACAGGACAGUUACUUAUUGCAGUGCUAGUACAAGGUGUGCAUAUUCAUAUCUGUGUUUUGGCAAAAUUUAGGGCAGGGAAUUGCUGCAUUUGGCCAACAUUCUAUACUCAUAUAGUCAUAUAUACACGUACUUUUGCUUUAUAUAGCCUCUGUGUAAUGGCAGCAGUUGGGAAGCCAGCUCAUUUGGGGGCAGUCGCUGGUUCCGGUGAUUCAAAAAUCGACAGAAUCAAAGAGCUUUUGAAGGAUGGAGACACGCUCAGCGAAGAUAUCAAGGGUUUGGUCUCCACGAUCAAACCAAAGGAGUUCGAGUCGUACCAUGAUUUCUUCAUUAUCCACUCUUUCCGCAAGGGCAGGUCGGAAAGUGGGAGAGUGGACAUCGACCGAAUUAGAAGAAGGCAAGUGGGGAAAUACUACGAGAGAAUUAAAAGAGACAGCACGAAAGAACAGACUCCGCCGGUGACGGCGGGGCCAGAGGACACGGAUUAUAGUACCGCUGCACCUUCCCGGGCAGGUUCUGCAUCGUUGGGCGACUCAAGCAAUAGUGUAACGGAGUCCAACGCAUUAGAUUUUCCCACGAUCGAACAGCCGCAGCUCAACCCGGAGAAGGACAGCCUCUUCGAACAAGAUGCGACAACGGUCGUCAACCCUGGGCAGUUCGACAAAAUACGCGCAGAUAUCUCUACAGAAAGUAUUAUUGGCCCUCUGUAUCCACUUUCAAACACGGACGCAAACUAUAUCAGGAGAUCUUCGAGGAUUUCAAGCAAGAAUACAGUUACUGGGGACGCCGGUGGGUCCGAGGCGGGAUCACAACCCCAACCGGUCUCCAGACGGUCCUCUGCAUCUAAAUCUGAUUCUACGGAGGAUGGAGAGCUGGAAAUAAAAGACCUUUACGAAUCGCUCGUCCCCAAGACGGACAGCCCGAACAGAAGGUCCGACUGGAUUUUACCCCCCAGGUUGCGCUACACACCAGACAAGCAAUUGAGGACUAAACCCGUGGUCAACUCCAUCAAAAUCAAUGAGCUUAUAGCCACGGACCAGAUCACAAUAAUCCUAUCGAGGUUCGAGGGCGGACUUGCUGGUAUCCGCAAGAGACCGAAACUAGCCAGCACACCAAUACCAUAA